AUGGUGAAGAGAGAAGGCCGGCCGAGCGUGGUGUUCCACAGGCUUCAGUAUUGGGACCCAUCCUGUGGAUCACGGCCUACGACUCGGACCUUUAAUGUCCUAUGCUCCCGAGCACAGGCAUGGCUCGGCUUGAGCGUGUCGCCAGCUAAGUCCGAGGCCUUGUGGUUCUCCGUUCACCACCGUAGAGGAACCACUCCUCCUGGACUAUUUGUGAACAUCAACGGAGAAGAAGUCCCAGUGAGAUGCCAGAUGAAAUACCUGGGUCUCACCAUCGACAGCCGAUGGACAUACGGGCCGCAUUUCAAGCUCCUGUUUCCGAGGAUGACAGCCGCAGCCAACGCCUUAUGCGGCUUACUACCGAACAUCGGCGGAGCAGGCGUUGGAGUUCGCCGACUCUACGAGGGGGUGGUUAGGUCUCGAGUCCUUUACAAGGCUCCUGUAUGGGCCGAAGACUUGAUGGCGAGUGGUCGCAGCUUGGUCUUGCUGAGGAGGUUGCUCAGGACGACCACCAUCCGCAUAGUGAGAGGAUACAGGACCAUAUCCUGCGCAUCGGCGACCGUGCUGGCGGCGUCCCUUCCGUUUGAGUUGCGGGCCCUCGCGCUCCGUCGGGUGUAUGAACACCGGAGGGGCCUGGGUUCGGACGGUCGUACGGCGGCGCCGUUCGCCAGCUGGUCGGCCCUAGACGUCCGGGAGGAGGCGAAGCUGGAGACCUGGGAGCGGUAG